UUCCCGACCCUGUACUUCACCAGUGGCGCGGGCACAUUCGCCAACCAGUUGUAUCACACGGCCAUGAUGCUAAUCCUGGCACAAAAACCAAGAACAUUGCAGGUUGAUCAGCGGCGUUCGUGGUCUCUGUCGCGGCUGUGGCAUGCGCAGAGAAUAUGCGGCAUCUCGGUCAACAACAACCGAUACGAAUGUUGGGAUCCUUGUCUUCUGGCUUCGUUCUAUCUGGCUGCUCGACAUAUGACGCAUGAAACUCAGCAGAGAGAGAUAUUGAUCGGAUUUAAUCGUAUUGGUGCUCUGGGCUGGCGUGUGGACGGCUUCGUUGAGCGACUGCUUCAAGAGUGGCACAGUUGA